GUGAUCCUUCAUCAUCCAACCGUCUAAUUUUCUUUUCUUUUCCAUUUCUCUGAACUCUUUUGCUGUCCUUCAGUUUUGGCCACGCCUGCCGCAGGAGCACCAAUGGCAAUUGUUGCGCCACCCAACCUGCACCCACAGGCCCCUCCCCCUUUCAACACACAUGCCCCUCCCCCCCCUGCAAAUCCUAUACCUCCUCCGCGUAUACGAAUCCAAGCCCCGCCUCCUCCUGGAACCCCCAACCCCCAACCACCCCCUGCACUUACUACUGCUCCGGGACAAGUCCAAGCCCCGCCCCCAGUCCCUCCUUUGGUAAAAACCUUGCCCCCAGCUCCAGUACCAGUCCCGCACCCAGUCCAAGCCCCACCCCCAGUUCCUGCCCCGGCACAAGUCCAAGCCCCGCCCCUAACUCCUGUUGCACCUACUGACCCUCCUGAACCAACUGUACCCACUGCUCCAGCUACUGCACCUUCUCAAGCCCCGCCCCCUGCUCCUCCUGUAGUCCAAUCAGUGCCGGCUUCUGAAGCUACUUUUGCCCCAACACCGGCCCCUACCCUGGCACCAACACCGGCCCCUGCAACAGCCGCGCCCCCACAAACUCCAGAGCAAGAGAGACGCUGUUUGACUCCUGGAGGAACCAGAAAAGAGGUCACAUGGGAGGACCAGCUGAACACAGCCAAUGGUACGGCCCCAACUGUUAGCCACACCCCCCAGACAG